AUUGGAUGUUAUUCCAACAAUUCCGCAAGACAACCGUUUUCUAUGAAUUGCGACAAAAACAGCAGCAAAAAUUACCACGCUAGACAAGUGCUGAGAGAUUGGUAGGCUGUCAGCCACCAGCGACCAAAAGUCAGAUACCUGAAUGUUGACAUUUCGCUGCAAGCCGCUCAAGAAGGAUCGAUCGAUAUAAUUAUCUGGAUAAUGUUGUUUUCUCCAUAAAACUUUCUUCCAUGGCUUUCUAAGGUGCAAUUCAUUGUCUGUUGGUUUCGGCUUCGUGUAUGGAUGUAACAAUAAUGAUGGAAGCACUUUUUUAGGUGCUGGAGCAGCGCAAACGUCUUCCAUAGAUCCUAAGUUAUCUUUUAAAUUAUAUAAACAUUUAUAAUCCGACAGUCGCCUCAAAAGUAUUAACCCGACAUAAGCUUGAAAUAGGGAAGCACUUGUUUGUUUGGGAGACUUGCAGAGAAGGGAAGGGAGGUAAGAACAGCAGAGGAAAAGUCAAGUUGCAAAACCAAAGAAAAGAAAAGAUUCAGUUGUUGUUGUUUUUUUCUUUUUGUCUUCGUUUUUUUAAUUCUUUUUCUCCUAAGAAACUUCAAAGGUUUUCAUCUGGUUUUUGUUGCAGGAAAUUCCCACUUGACAAACAAGUAAACAAAUGAAUUAACUUGAACGUUUGCUGGGUUUUCUUGGAGCCUAACAAUUCUAGAAUUAUUUUUUUUAUUUUUAUUUUUCAAAAGAAAAGAAUUGGUUUGGUUAUUCUACUAUUAUCGUGAAUUGGUUUUUGGGUUACAUAUGGCAAGACGCGUAUAAUGGAAGUAAUCUUCACUUGGACAGCACUAUAAAUAAAAUAAUUUAUAGCUUUGCUUUUUCUUUUCAAAAUGAAGCAGUAUAUGAAUCAAUUGUGCAUUUUUUUAAAGAUACAACAUAUCUGGAAAGGAGGAAAUCAUAUUAUAGUAAGCGAUUUCUUGUUUCCAUCCUGAACGCGCCUUGUUGAACUAGGUCACUGAAACGUUGUUGCUAAAGAAAACCAAAAGAAAAAAAUACAAAAAAGGUUGAAAGGAUAGGUUUUUUUUGGGAUCUUGGGUUCAGAAUUGGUUUAGUCGGUGGAAUCCAAUUGGUUUGUCUGUCAUAAAACUACAAAACAGAAUCGUAUGGAAGGAGACACGCGGAUUGAGGAAACUGCGGAAAAGCAAAAGUUUGUGUUACAAUAUGUAAUGAAUCGAACAUUUGGUGUUGAUGAGGAUGUACUACAAGGAUUGAUUCAGGAUUUAUUUGGUGAAUCCGCGUCGUUGAGUCAUAUAAUGAAUGAAAUAAAUAAAAACAUUCACAACUACGAUUUCAAACUCCAAAAAAUUCAGGACCAGCUCGAUGGACGGCCGACAUGGCAUUUCCAAAACGUGUCCGGUGAUCCUGUUUCGCAAAUGGCCACGCCGUACUCAACGAGUCAAAUUGAGUUGAUGCGAAGAAUAAUUGAUUGGAUUAUGCGAGCGGAUGAGUACCAGUAUUCGAUAGGUACACUGCAGAUACACAAAUACGCUCGUCGAGAUUUGUCGCUGGCACCGUCCGUGGUAGAAGCCUACCUGAGUGCGUUUGAACGAGACGGUUGGUUGAACCAUCGCGAAGGAGUAUGGACAUUUACAAACCAUGCGCUUGUAGACAUGGAAGCUUACCUACACAACGAGUAUGAAAGCAGCUUGUACGAAUGCAAUGCUUGUCGGGGGAUUGUCACAGCGGGCUACGUUUGUGAAUGUGGUUACUGUCUGCAUGUAUAUUGCUGCAAACACUUGGCUUACGUUUCAUGUCCAAAUUGUGAGACUAGUUGGACAGAGGCCACAAAGAUCGGAAGAUGGUAGGAUGGUUCACAUGCGACUACAAAAAAUAUGUAAUGAAUGAACAGACAGAUAUAUAGAGAUGAAAAAAAAAUUGUAUUUCUUGUGUGUAUACGUUGAUUGUAUAUGUGUGUGGAACACAAAGAUGAUCGUAAGUGAACCGAAACUCAUAAAAAUCAUGAGGUCUUGGAGAAACUCUGAAGGAUCCAUGAAAAACAAGAUCGAAGAGAGGAGGAAGAGGAAACGGAGGAUGACAAGGAAACUAAGGUAUCCGGUCGAACGGAAAACCCAACCGAGUUCUUUCCAAAAAAAAAAAGAAAAAGAAAUCCUAUUGUAGGUUGUGAAUGUUUUGUACUUUAUUCGAACGAAAAUUGAACGAAAAAGAAACGGAAUUGGAUUCGAGGAUAUGAUUUUUUUGUUUUUCCCAAAAUGUAUUAUUCAAUUAAAAAGAUAAAGGGUAAUGAGUAGGAGAGGAAAGAGGAAAGAAACCAAGGCGAGAACAUAAAUGCAUCAAGACGGUUUCUUGAAUAGGUUUUAGAGAUUCUAUGGAAGAGAUUGUUUCCGCUGGAAACCAUAUAGAUUUCCCAUUUACUCCUUUAUAACAGCCAACAAUUCAUGAUCACGGUAAAGGCUAUAUUCCUGCUCGCCAACUUUGAUGUUGCUUCCACCGAAGGCAGGUAACAAGACACGAUCGCCUGGAGCAACACUAGGAGGAGUGAGAGUACCGGUCUUGUUCAUCAAGCCUUUUCCGGUAGCAAUGACACGGCCUUCGGACAACUUUUCGAGGCUCUUUUCAGGCAAGAAAAUGCCGGAAGCGGUCUUGGGAUCAGCCUUGACACGUUGAACAAGGAUACGGUCCAAAAGAGGAACGAUCGACUUUGCACUCUUUAAUGUGGUAGCCAUUGUGGUAUAGUUAUCGUUUGUUAGUAAGUCUUCAAAAAUUAAAACGCGAUUUUCGCUUGGAUGUUUUCAAACAAACAGCACUUUUGUUUCCGAGUUGGUUUUUGGUAAGUUGGAGCAAGAACCGAGUGUUGCUGUUGUCUCCUCUCCUUAAAAGCACUUUGCAAAGCAUCUGGAAAAUUCGAGCAUGAACCAAUUACCAUCCAUCCAUCAAGAUCACUGAAAGAAAGGAUACUGCGGUGUUUCGUUGUACUGUGAACAACGAAGAACAAGAUACUGAUUGAUAACAUGUCUCGUUCCUAGGGGAUUGCCGAUAAGUAAGAGACGUGUCGUUAUUGGAAAUACAGCGGUCUUCCAAGAAAAUGCAACGUAAUGCAACGCAAUGCAAUAUAAUGCACUUUUCCGUGUCGGAGAAGUUCGUUCUUAUCUUAUCUUAUCAAAUUGUCGAAAGCAAACAUUGGGUUUUACUUGCCCGAAUCGCUUAACCCGCGUUUCUUUGUCAAAGAAUUAGAUAAAACUCCGCGACGAUGACGUCUACAAAGGCAAACCUAACAGAGUUAUUGAUCCAAACGAUUGGUACAACAAUCGAGGAGCAGCUGAUAAAUGUGGAGUCUGGUGACCCUGGUGUUACCUAUUAGCAGCUCCACGCAUGUUAAGGUUGGUUAUCUUUGAUUAAGGUUUUCCGAAAAAGCUAACCCAGAAAAUGAUUUAAAAGGCAUCAGAAGGACCGAAUUGAGAGACCCUUCUCUUUGGUAUUUGAAAAAAGAGGUUUAGAACAAGUGUAAACAUCGAAUUGGCCUUUACAAUCUUUCUUGUUGUUUUGUAAGGUAGUUAGUUAGUUUUCUUGAAAC